UCAGACCAGGAGUUCCAGGUUAUCAAUGUCCAGUAAAUCUCAUCAUCGAUCUCAAGAAUCAAGAAAAUCUUGUCUACAAAAUGUGCGCUAAAAGGUGCAAAUUAUGAAGCGAAAACCUAUCGAUAUUUUCUUCAAAACUGAAGAUACUAACGAGCAUUUUCCAGCUUUGAAAUUUUGAUGUUCAGUGCUACAAAAAAAGUAAGUGGACUGGUCAAACAAAAAUCACGCAGAGCUGACUUACCAAUAAUCUAAUCAUGGUUACGGAGAAAAAGAAAAUCCGGAAAAAAGGAAAAACAGACAAAAGCAGGACGGAGGAAACCGGAGAACCCAGCUCCAGGAGGGAAAAUGAUACCGGAGAAUCCAGUUCCAGGAGGGAGAAGGAUACAGGAGAAUUCAGCUUCAGGGGGGAGAAGGAUACCAGACAAUCUACCUCCAGGGGGGAAAAGGAUACCGGAGAAUCCAGCUCCGGGAGAGAAAAGGGUACCGGAGAAUUCAGCUCCAGAAGGGAGAAGGAUACGGGAGAAUCCAGCUCCAGGAGGGAGAAGGAUACCGGAGAAUCUAGCUUCAGGAAGAAUGAGGAAGAUGAAAUACAAGUUGUGGAGGAAACGGUUAUUAUUCAACCAGAGGAGGAGGGCAAAAAGGAUGAGGGGAAGGUAGGAGAAGAGAAAGAGGAGGAGAAGAAGGAAGAUGAGAAAGAAAAGAAUAAAGGUUUUAGUUUUGGUUCUAAACUAAAGAAAAUGAAUCCGCUUCGUAAAUUGGGCAAAUCCAAAAAGGAAGAUUCAGUUGAGAUCAAGGACGAAGAGAAAACUGUAAACGAGAACCCAGAAGAAAAAUUGAAAAAAGAAGAUUCUGAAAAAGAAGUAGAACCUGAAAAGGAGAGUUUAAAAAAAGUAUUGAAGACAGAUAAGAAAAAGAAAUCUCGAGGAGAGCUUGUAUCUGAAGACAGAAAACCCUCCAACCCUGAACCUGGUUGGAGGAGUCAAAACGAGGACGAAGAAAAAACAAAGAUGAAAGAAGAAAGAAAACCUAAAGCAAUGGAGGAAAGAGGGGAAAAGGACAAGGACAGUAUGAAAGAGAGCAGGAAGAUAUCUGCAAAAGAGAAAUUAAAACAGAAACUUGAGAGGAAGAAAAUCUCCGAGGAAACUAGAAAUCCUAAACUUCUCCGCCAGCAAUCCUCAAGGGUAGAGGACAGAUUAAAGGAAGAAGAUUACGAAGCUCAGAUUGCAUUUGAUAAACAUGCUUUAAAAUCAUCAAAUAAGUUUGAAGCUGUGGAGAAGAACAGUGGAGAGGAAGCAUUCGAGUUCUUUUCUAAAGUUUGGUCUGAAGAUACAUUGGAGGAGGUGGUAGUAGAGAACAGAAGUAACCAGGAACAGAAGAGGAAGAAGAAGAAGAAGAAGAAGAAAGAGGAAAGAGAAGACGAAGAAGAGGGGGAUGAUGAUGAGUAUGUAACAGCGGAUGAAGGAGAGGAAGAUAAUGAUAAACAGAAACUGCUUGCAAAAGAUUAUAUUGGAAAAGAAUAUACCUGGAGUGUAUCUGAGUGGAACGGGGCUGAAAUAAUUCCAUACAGUCUCCGGGUAGAGAACGAGAGCAAGGUUUACUUCUCCCCCUCCUCCCACCCUCCGACACUGGCGGAGAGGGUCGGAGAUCAGGGGCCUGGACUCGAGGAGGAAGAGGGGGUGUUUGUCGGGAAACCACCCAGUUUGCCCCUGAGGACUCUUAACAAAAUACAAAAUAGGAUAAUCCAUGAGACUGGUUCUGAUCGUAAAGGCUGGUUUGGAUCAGAUGGAAGAUUUCAAUGUUUACACGAUCCGUUAAAUAAGAAUCCGACAAGAAUUCAUUUCCAGACCGGAGAUGAGCUCACUAGAUAUGUACCGGCUGUACCAAGCUCACAGGCCGGUCAGCUUAUCAUCUCUGAUCUAGCAGAAGGAGAACACUGCCUUCUAGAGCUGGAUUUAGCCUCGAUGGUUCUAAACCAUCAUCAUCUUUUCUCCUUAGAACACUAUCUAACCAGAAAACUGAUGGAGCUGUAUCAUGACUAUUCAACCAGGGUUCGGAGUAAUUCCCAAUCAAUCCUUACCAAUAAGCUCAGAACCCUAUAUGUUGAGUGUGAGAAGGUUGAAGGACUGGCAUUAUCGUCUGUAUCCGAGGAAUCAGAGUUUCAGAGAAAACGUCUCUGCUCCUACAGGACGGAGAUCAGGGCUGUUAGGAAGGAGAGAGAUGAUUUAUCCUUUGGGGAACGAGAGCUUGUCAAAUCUAUAGUUUAUGUCUGGAAGGAUCUAAGAGAUGUACGGAAGAAUCAAAAUUAUUCUGUUACAAGUCAUAAACUAAUUAUUCACAAAGAAAACUCGAAUUCACACAAAGAUGCUCAGGAUUGGAAUUAUGAGAUUGAAAAGGAAUUCCAAGAGAGAAAGCAUGAUUUUGAAGAAACCAGAGAGAUGAAUGUAUCAAGGUACGAAGAAGAACUGGAGAGAUGGAAAGAGCAGCACGUCCAUAGGAAAGAAGUGAGACAACGACAUAAGAGACAUGAGAAGGAUAUGGAGAAGGGAAGAGGUAGCGUGGAUGCGGAUACAUUUGCGGAGGAUGAAGAGUUUCUCAGCAACCCUGAGCCGGAAAAACCCGUCCCACCGGAGGAGUUUGAUGAGGAGAAAGUUAGGUUGGAGAUAGAAACAAAUGCGAAGAAGGUUCGGAGAAACCCUGGAGAACCUAGACUCACCCUGGAGCUAACAAUGGGUGGGAAAACAACCAAAGAUUCUGAUAUUUACGACAACCGUGAACUAAACCGACGAAACGCCGUAAACAAAACGAAGAUUAUGUUCAAGAUUCUUUUCAACGGAAGAGAAGUUUGUCAAACCUCGUCCAAGAUGAUCGGGCAAGAUUUUGUAGUUCCAAUCGGACAAAUAUUUCCUAUACAGAUAGAACAGUGGCCAGAGAGUUUAAAAAUACAAAUCAUAGAGGGCAGCACAUUAAAAACAAAUAUUCUCUCUGAGGUUGAAAUUCCACUUUGCGACUCAAACACAAGCCUAGACAAGGCUGAGAUGGUUCCGUACGAGUUUAAAAGUGAUCAGGAGAUUUCUCAUGGACACGCCGGAUUAGGAUCUGGGAAGGAGUUCUCUAUAGUCAGUGAUAACUCUAGGACAGAUCUGCAGAAGACUAGAGGAAAACUCUACGCCAGGGUUGGUUGGGGGAAGAGAGGAGAUGGACGACUUCUGUCCCCUCCAGCAGAUCAGUGGAAGGUUACAGGAGUAAAUAUGAAAGGUCAAGAACCUAUCAGGGAGGUGUUUGAUAGUUUUGGAAAUGUGGAUCCUGAUAAACUUGAGGACUGGUUACUCAAUCAUAGAAUAGAUCCGAAUGAUCCCAGAAACGCGGAGCUCAUGAACACAGUAUCCGCUACAAGGAAGAGUAAUAUCUCCAAAAGUGUUGGAGAAACCAGAUUUCCAGUUGAUCAAGGAUACUUCAGGUUGGAUCAGAUGGAUGAUCAGUUCUCAUUCUGCACAGAGGAACAGAUCAAUAACAAUGUAAGAUUCCAGAUGAUACAACUGCGAAGUGCGAAAGCUCUGGAUUUCCGAAACUACCGUCAGAUCCCAGCUUAUGAGAAAGAAAUUCCCAAGGGAAUCCUGGAGUCCUAUGCUAAAAAGCUGGAGUACCGUCAAAAGGAUGUGAGUGGAAGUUCUGAUCAGCUUCGAGGGAAGAAUUUCCUUUAUCUCGACCAACUGAGAACUCAGGUUCAGCACAAGUUCUCUUUAGCCAAACACAGGAAGAGAAGAAGUGAUAUUAUUACUGAGGACAAUAUACCUGACCUCAACACUCUCUUCAUGAUGCUAGGUGGAGCUAUGCCUGAACAGAGACCUCUACGACCGGUAAGACAAGAAAGGAAGAAGGUUACUCUUCAAGAUAUAUCAGGACAGGAGAUUAAGGUUCUCCUAUCUGUAGUGAGAGCCUAUGAUGUUCCCGUGAGGCAUGAUGUAGAUUUUAUCUCUUCCGGUGGAAUCCAACAGGUCUCCAAUGGACCUAAAGAGUCCAAGGUGAAUUCUUUUAUCACCGCCUCGUUACAAAACUCUACAGGUAGAACCUACGGAGCUGCAGGACCGAACCCUGCCUGGAACCAACAGCUUACUCUCAAGUUUAAACCUCUCAACAAUGAUUUCUCUCCGGACAGUAUGCGUCGAGUCAAGGAGUAUCUAUACCUUCACCUAUUUGACGAGAUAUACUGUGAUCUGGUGGAGGAUGAAGAUCAGAGAUCAACCCUUCUCCACCAGAGAUUAGAGCACAGAUGGUUGGGUAGUCUAGCUAUACCAUUUACCUCAAUCUACCAGAAUACCAGAAUAGAAGGAACCUUCAGAAUGCACAGUCCUCCAGUUCUCCUAGGAUAUGAAAGAGUUGGACAGAAUGUUCAAAACCUAGGCUGGAGACCAUCAACACCAACGGAGAAUUCAACUGUAAAGGACGCUACUUAUAUUAAUAUAUAUCUCACCUUGGAUCCAGCCCUAAACGUUCCCGAACCUCUCCGCGAGAAGCUUGAGUGUGAGGAGGAUGAUGAUAUUGUUGCAACCUGUGAAAGAUGGAAUCGAGCUUUAUCUGGAGCUUAUCCACACAGAAAGAUCAACCCACUAGUUAUAGACGUUACUGGGAGAUCAGUCCUUCUCACAAGAUAUCUCCGACCCAUCCCUCCACCAGCUCAGGUCCGUGAGUCGUCUACAGAAGUCCCCAGCGAUGAGUCCGUUGCUUGGUUUGUCAGCCUGAUUCCAUAUCUUCCCUCAAACGCUCUGUUCCCUGGACUAGGAGAUAUAUGGCCUACUAGUGAACAGUUUCUACAGAUGAUGGUUGGGUCGGAGCUAGAGCAUGCAAUUCUUCUCACAAACUACUUCUUGAGCCUGGGGAAAACCUGUUUCCUUGUUUUAGGUAAAGGAAUCCCGGAGGGUAAAACUGCUUAUGUUCUUACGGUAGAGGAGAAUGGACAGUAUUGGUUGUGGAACCCGGUCACAAGUGAACAUUUCUCAUCCUUGGAAACAUUCUGUCCUCUCCAGAGUAUCUGGGUUCUAGCAAACACUGAGAAUGUUUGGGCAAACAUGCAGGUCUCAGAUCAACCACAGAGACUCAGGUUUGAUCUGAGUCGUGUUGGAGACUGGAUGCCUCUGUUCUCCAGGCCCCCCUUAAACCCUCCAGUUUCUCUUCAACCUGAUCAUAUUCCUCUAUCUCCGCCUGAUAUUAGAGCAGCUAAACUUCUUAAAGAUAAAAUUGAAAAGGCUCUGAGAGAUAGUAUUAUGAAUUUGAGGAAACAGGCCAAACUUAGAACUUCACUGAAUUUUCAGGGUAAAGCCCUGCUGGGAAAGCUGUUGCCCCGACUGGAACAGGAACGUAUAAAUGGUUCCAGAGGUAGAGGGGAACAUGGAACAGAGUUACAAACAUUAACAUCUUCCUACAAGAUAUGUGGUUUCCCUCUACACUGCGCCUACCUAGACAUGGAGAGUAUUGUGGAUUCAGUCAAAGCAACAGGCGUGUGGUCUAACCGUGAUCCAGGAGUAGAGUUUGGUUUGGCGGUGUAUGUAGAACCGUAUCCAGGUUCUGCUAUGUCAGUCUGGGUCUACGUAGCAUCUCUAGUUAAACGAGUUUUAUAAAAGGAUACUUCAAGAUGACCUGUAGCCGCCAACUGACAACUUGACUUCAGACAUUCUUUUCUACUUUAGAUUUUGUAUCUCGGUUUAUGAUAUAACAUUUAUUAACUAUUUAAACAUAAAAUUUACAAAUAUUAUUGUGUUCAUAUCUUUCAAUAAAACGACAAUAUGA